CUCGCCUAGAAAUGUCCCAUGGCGCCAGAGCAGCGCCGCCAUGGCGGCCUGCUCCGUGGCAUUGGCGCGCGUUGAUUCGCUGGGUGUUUCUGAGCGCUGGCCCUUGGAUGCGUGCGCACUGACUGGUCAUUGCAGGCCAUUGCUCGUGAGGAUCCCCUCGCGCAGUGUGUGCUUCGUGUUCUGGGCCUUGCCGUCGUCGUCCUCGCGCCUGGUGCUUCCUCCCUGGGUGUCCCGCCUGGGGGUGCAGGAUGAGGAUGCUGCGGAGGUGGAUGAGCUGAGCAGCGGUGAGAUCCAAGAACUGGAGGGGCCCUUGACCACACCCGACCGGAUCCAGGCUUGUGUGCUCUUCGGCCACAGCGGCCUCAAAGAAGCCAUGCGCCGACAACUGGAGCGCUUGCCCGGCAGUCCACCGUCGGCGUCCGGCGCGAUGGAGUGGCACGUGGCGUUGCGGCUGAUGGGGGAGGUCUAUAUCUUCAAGGUCCUCCGUGUGGCGGAGCGAGCACUUCCGCUGCCGCGGAUUCGCCCGCCACGCGCGGCCGCCGCAGACGCCGCGGACGCCGCCGCGUCCACUGCCGCGGAGAAGUGCAAGGCCCACCUCCAGAACUGGCCGAGGUCCGGGCCCCUUCUUUUCGAAGGUGGCCCGCGUGGCCACGAGCUGUUGCCUUUCCUGUCCGCUCUCCAGGGCUCUUGGUCAGGUGGCGAAGUGAUCUUCGUGCCACUCGUGGAGCUCCUUUGGGAGAUGCCACGCGGCAUCCGCCCACCGAUGAUGGGCCAGCUGCUGUGGAACUUGGUGCAGCAGAUGGGUUUGGAUGAGGACGAGCAGGGGCUGCUGUUUCUGGGAUCACUGGAUGGCCCGUUGCCUGAAUAUCCUGAGUUGGCCAGUCAUUUGUGGCCUUUGAAAGGCUUGCGUAGAUGCUAUGUGGUGGGCACUUGCUCCAGCAAGGAGCAUGUGCAUCCCAAACUCUUGGAGCUCUUUCACGAGAACCUAGUGGAGCUUCCCUCUUUGGGCUUUGGGCCGGCGCGAGUGGCGGCGCCACCGCGGACGCCCGGAGCGAGCGAGGGGCAAGAAGUGUUGCUGGGGCGAGAGGCGCUGAAGGAGGAGUUGCAGACGACGGUGGUCCAGUAUUUUACCUCAGUGGAGACCUUCCGAGCCAUGGGAGUCCAAUGGCCUCCACGGACCUUGCUCCAUGGGCCGUCGGGCAGCGGCAAGACGCAGCUUCUGCGGUGGCUGGCUGAUCGGGUGGCGCCCUACGCAGAGGUCACCUGGCUGCGGCCCGCAGAGGUGUUCUCCCGGUACUUGGGCGAAAGUGAGGAGCGGCUGCGCAACGCCUUUGCAGCGGUCCAGAACAAAGAGGCGGCAGUGCUGAUACUGGAGGGCCUUGACGAGUUCGUGAAGCCCAGUUCGACCGACUCCACCGGUGUUCAUGGACGCUUGGCAGCGACCCUGCUGACCUUGUUGGAUGGCAUCGAAGGCCCCUCCAGGACUCGUGGCCUCGCCAUUUGUGCCAGCACCCGGCGCCCAGCAGUGGAGCUGGAUGGGCGGCUCACGCGGCCAGGGCGCAUGGACCGGUGGCUCAGGGUUUCGGAGCCCAACGACUCUGAGCGCCUGGCCUUGCUCCAGCACUUCCUCGAACGCAGUGUGGAGCGUCGCAUGCGCUCGUGUGACCCGAAGAUGAAGACUGAAAUGGUCGGCGCCACGGCGGGAAUGUGGCCUGGGCAGUUGAGAUGCCUCGCGCAGAACGCCGUGUCACGCUGCUCGAUCUCAAGCGGCGGAAAGGCCGAUCUCAAGGAUGAGCAGGUGUGGGAAGCGGUCCUUCGAGCCCUGGCUCCGUCACUGGCUCCCACCGCGUCCGCGUCCUCUCCGUCCGUGCCCUCCGCGUCCUCGCUGGCCGCAUGUUUGGCACGCGCCGCGGCCACGGAGCUGCCGGAUGAUGAUGACUUCUAAGCGCCUUUUUUGAUGGAUCUGGCCGGAGCCAAGAGAAUCCGCCGAGAUGGGCACGGCCUAUAGUUCUUGGGGACUUCAAGGAUUACAUAUUUCUUCAAAGCGAACGCAGCUAGCAGCGCAAGGAGAAUCAGGCAGAUGGCCGGGGGGCAUGUAUGUGGGCCUUCCGCGCAGCGCCACGGAGCUGCGCUUGUGGCGUGUUUCGGAGUUGGAGCAUCUUCAACCAGCAGCGGUCAGCCCAGCGCCUCCCGUUGCUUCGACCCAGCCUCCGCGGUUCCGUCGCUGGAGUUGAAGGCGAUGGAGGUACCGAUGUGAGCUUGCAACCCAUUCAUUGGCAGCAUGGGACCGAAAAAGAGCUGAACAUGGAUGCACCGCUGCGUGGCAACAUGCGUGGAAGCUGACUGGUUUGGGGGUUUUGGAGUUGGACGAAGUGCGUGUGUGUACCGGAUUGGCUAAGACCAUCCUCC